AUGCCAUUACUUGAGAUUAUUGGUGUUACAUCUACUGAAAUGACAUUUUAUGUGGGAUUUGCAUAUCUACAGUCUGAGCGUGUUGAUAACUUUACAUGGGCACUACAAAUGGUGAAAGAACAGAUUACAAAUGGUGAAGUUGAAGUCAUCGUUACUAAUAGAGACCUUGCUUUGAUGAACGCGGUUGAAAGUUUUUCCAAAAGCAGUGAAUUUAUUAUGCUUGUUUCAUAUAUGCAAGAAUGUCAAAGUCAAGUGCAAGAUGAUUGUGUUUCCAAAAAAAAAGCAAGUGCAAAUAAUGGAGGCAUGGGAGCAUCAUUUGAAAAGAGCAUCAUUCAAAAGGUGCAUCGAUCUAGUAACAGAUUAUACGCGAAUUUGUGUGGUGUUGUGUCAAAAAAUGCAAUUGAUCACAUUGCGGCAGAGUAUGACCACGUGAAGUAUGUAGGUAUUGAUCAAACUGAGUGUCGUUUCACAAUUAGGACAACACAUGGUCUACCUUGUGCAUGUGAAAUAGCCAGGUAUAGUAUGAUCCCACGUUUCAUUCCAUUAGAAGCUAUUCAUGUUUGGUGGAGUAAAUUAACUUUCCAUGUUGAUGCAUUGAGUAAACCUUCAAAGUUAUCUGUGAAACAUGAAAUAGAUGUCAUAAUGAAAAAGUUUGAAGAACUUGAUGUACUUGGAAAAAUUUCACUUAAAGGUAAAUUACGAGAGAUCGCGUAUCCAUCGACUAUGUUGAUGUUUCCACCGGUUGCCAAGGUUAAAACAAAAGGUGCACCAAAAAAAGGCAAAAGUAAGGUAUCAAAAAGAGAUAAAUCAACCAAACGUGAUCCAUCUUGGUGGGAGUAUGUGGAUGCAAGUGUUCGAUGUAGUGGUACAAAUGCAUGUAGCACUAUAGAUACCAGUAAAGUAGAAAAGCUUGCACCUCAACCAUUAGUCCAAAAGCUCACAACUCGACCAUCAAUUAGCAAAGUUCAACAACCAAGAGUUCUCCUCUUCAAAGAUUGGUUGCCAGUUAAAAUUCAUAAAUUCAUAGAUGACAUUAUUGAUGUCGGUGAUGAUGAUAAUUAUGGAUAUCGUGCAGUUGCAGCUUUACUUGGAAUGGGUGAGAACUGUUGGGCAUUCAUCCGUCAACAGUGUGUGAUAGAGCUUCAAGAGUUCAUGUCUCAUUACAAGAUACUAUUUGGUGGAGAAAAUUAUGUUCGACAACUUAUACAAAAUGUGUAUGUUGAGCAAGUUGCAUCGAAGGAUAAUUGGAUGACACUUCCAAAAAUGGGAUAUGUGAUUGCUUCGAAGUUUAACUUGUUUAACUUGGUUGUCGUCGCAUUAUCACUUAACCAAUCGCAAACAUAUUUUCCACUUCGAAGUCCACCACCAACAUCUAUGUCAGAUCAUCGGGUGAUUGUUAUUGCAUUUGUUAACAACUGUCAUUUCGUACAGGUUUACUUAAAGUCAUAUUCCCCUAUACCACCAGCAAGUAAUUUGUGGAAAAAUUAUUGCAAUGAAGAAGCACGACAAUGA